UCUCCCAGCCCUGCGUGGCAUGUGCGUGUGAGUGUGCCAGCCACACAGUUCCUUCCUUCCUGAGAGACACUGUUGGGCAGAUAACGCCUUUGGAGAAGCAUUUUGCAAUUACCUUGCUGAGAGGGCGAGAGAGAGGAGCGGAGUAACGGCAGUCCUUGAGCUGGGAAGCAGAAUUUUGUGUGUUUCCCCCACUCUCUCUUUACAAACUUAUUGAGGGGAGGCAGCACAUUGGCAGGUGAUUCAACUCCAAUCUCCAGCGUCGCCAUUUCCCAGAAUGAACAGAGAGUCAGUGGAAAAUAAGCAGAGGUAAGUUCUGGGGAUCCCAGAUAUUUUUUAUUUUUUAAUUGCCACUCAAUGCAUGGGGCCAUGUGCUCAGUUGUGUCGUCAGAUUAUGACUGUGUUUUGCCCUGUCCAGGGUCUGCUGUGUUAGAAAAUGUUGUCCUAAAUAUGUUCUGGGGCUCACGGGGCAUUAUUACCCCUUCUUCCUCUGUUAGGUGGUAGUUGUGUGUGCCAGUUGUGGGUGGGAAUGCCCAGCCAAAGAAGAAUAGCCAGCUGGCAUUUUGGUGCUGGGUAAUGCUGACAUGUAGAGCUAAACAUUGUACCAGGAGAUAGUUGGAACUCUGCUCCAGAUAUGUGGGACACAGGACAGCUCUGCUUGUGAUGGAAACAUCUCCAGAAUGAAGUUGUGGGGUAGAGAUCAGAAGAAUGGUCUUGCUAGGUCACAGAACUGUCUAGUCCAGACUCCUCAGCACCCACAAGUAAGGCUUGAGGGGAUGACCAUUUCCCCCUUUGUCCCCAUUGUCUGGCAUUAAGGCAGAGUGCCCCAGCACAUGGAGGUUCCAUUUAGACUCCAUGGCUAAUAGGGAAUAAAAGUGGGACCUCCAACCAAAUGUUGGGGUGUACCUCCUUUGCCCCCAAACAGGAGUUUGAUUGCUGUUAAAUCCUACGCUUGCAUUAUGUCGGGAACAGAGAGAGGCCAGUGCUAUAUCUAGCGCUUGCUCGGGAACAGAAGAAGAGGAAAACACACAACUAGGAAAGACAAAAAUGGCAGGAAAGCAGCAGGCAUGCCCUGGACAGAUCACUUAUUCCCACCAGUGAAGGAUUUUGCCAAUGGGAUGAGGGAGGAAUCUGAUUCCGUUCUCACUUAAAGGCGAAGCUCCCUAAUUCACCCUUUACGAAAUGAAGCUGCCCUUUGAAAUGGGCACUUCUCCGAAUCUUGCAAUGUCAUUCUCCAGCCAAGUAAUGUGUGCAAAAAUGCAUAUUCUGGGAUAAAAUACAUUGAAAUGUAUAUAUCAGUGAAAAUAACAGACAGAAAUGCAUGCUAUAAUAAGGAGAAUUUUUUGCAAGAAUGUGUAGAUUGGGGAAAACCAUGUGCACAUUAGGAGAAAUUCACACUAAAGCACUGGCGUAUUUCCACGAGGACAUUUUGUAUUAAAAAAACCCAAAUCGCAAGCUGAUGCAUGGAAAAUUUAGAGAACUGAACUUAAGACUGGGAAAACAAGACACUGAGAUGAACCGAAACUGACGGACUUGUCCCUCUGUAGAUGCCACCCACCCAUGAAGGGAGCCAAUGACUGCUCACAACAUCAGCCACCAUUCCAGAAACCAGCCACUUGUCAUGGUUGUGGGGUACCCAAGCAAUUAGGCCAAUCAGACCUGGCAUUAAAGAAUGAGUGGUGGCCUGUGGGUUUUGCCUCUUUUGAAGUAUGCAAGAGUUGUUAUUUAAGAGUGGUGAUCCUAGCCUACCGACCCACAGAACUACUAAGUAUAGGGCCCUAACCCACGCACCAAGUCACAACUCAAAUUUCUAUCAGCCUCCCCUAGCUGUGAGCUAGCCUUAUGCCUGUGAAGUUGCCACAACCCUGUGCAUUCAGACAUGCAUCUGUUGCUGGAAGAACUAGCCAUUCAUUCUGAUGGACCCAUCACAGCAGCUGAGCUUGGGGCACUUUAGAUUCUUCUUCUGAGUUCUAUGACAGCAUAAUUUAGUUUUGCUACAAGCGUCAACACAUACAGGUGUCGGGGAUCUGACAAUAGCAGGCUCAGAAUGUGAUGCAGGAUUGGUGGGGUUCUUGUAGAAGUGUCCUUGGUUUUCUCCCAAAAUGUUCAAACUACAUAUCUGCAAAUAAACUAAAUUGUGCAAAGCGCCUGAUGCUCUCUAUCAUCUAAAGCUAAUUCAAUCCAGCGGCACAGUGCCUGGAACUUUUCUCCACUCAAAGAAGUGAGGAGCUCAGAGCAGUUGUUUUUCUGCUAUAACUAAUGUAAAAAAGAUAAAUGGAGCAGAGAGUUGUAGACUUGAGGCAUAGCAUGACAAUCCCUAAUUUGCCCGACAGCUCACCAGGGGUGGCCUUCAGAACUAUCCCAACAUCAGUGAUUCAUCUCAUUGUUUUUGUCUAGCUUUUUUUUCCCCUUAGUUCUCACCAAGAAGGUGAGCAUGUGUCUGGCCUCCCUCACCACCCCAGAAACGUCAUUGGGGACCCACAUAAUUAAAUGCCACACACACAAAAUUCUGCAUAUAGUAAACUAGCAGGUCAGGAAGAAGCCUAGGCCAGAAGCCCUUCUCUCUGACAGACGGGGGGUUACAAAUCUACAAGGCCUGCUUCAACCAAAGGCAUUAGUACCCUGCUUUCCAUCCCAGGCUCAGCUUUGCAGCAGCAAGGGGGAAUUCCUCUGAGAAUGUGAAGAGUGCCUUUCCCUUGCUAACCAGACACAACCCUCCCACACCUGGGAUUGAGAGACAAAGGUCACAUCCAUGCCAUACAUUUAUAGCACACUUAUACUACUUUCACAGUCAUUACUUUCCCCAUCCUCAAAGAAACCUGAGAGAGGAAGUAUUGAAUGGGUCUGGGAAUUGUACCUCUGUAAGGGGCAUAGCUGUCAACGUUUCCCUUUUUUUAAGGGAAAUUCCCUUAUUCCGAAUAGGAUUCCUCAUAAGAAAAGGGAAAAGUCGACAGCUAUGGUAAGGGGUCCCCGAACAACUCUUAGCACCCUUAAUAAAUGGCAUUUCCCAGGAUUCUUUGGAGUAAGCCAUGACUGUUAAAGUGGUAUGAAGGUGCUAUAAAUGUGUGGUGCAGAUGUGAAUGUAAACUAGAGGCAAUCUCCAAAAGAAAGCAAAAAGGGUAGUGAAGAACAUUAGCUCCCCACCAGGAAGGUGUGUGUGUGUUGCAUUGGUUAUGUAACACCUGCCUUUGAUUCAGCUGACCAACAGCGAAUCAACACCUGCCCCUUCUUACACAACAGCUCUGCUCUGGUGCUGAUGCCGACACCUGAACCGGACUUGCAAACUGCCUUUCAGAUUCAGUAUUGAUAUCAAGGGUGGCGUAAAACAAGGCUGCGUUUUAGCCCCACUCGUACUAAAUCGCUGCAUAAAUGACAUCGUUCAGGAGCUCUCUUCUCCCUUUCCGCACACACAGCUCGAUUUCUGCAGAUGGUGUGGCUCCUGUUUCAUUCCCCCAAGUAGGUGUGAGAUUAUUAUUUUCCAAAUCUGGAACUUAUGGCAAUCAGGGAGGUUAAUUUGCUCAUUAUAUUGACUAAAUUGGUGGUGUGCAUCAAAAGGCAUACGCAGCAUAAGCGGUUGUAUAAUUGAACAGUGUUGCCCACUUAAGUACUUUGGCUUUAUCUUUGCGAAAACUCUCUGUGGCGCAUUUAUUUUGAGGUGGUUAAAAAUUCACCUGCCUGGUCAUUGCAGGGCUAGAAAGACACUUUAUUAUACUUCAGACCACCAUUCAUUUGAAUCAAUAAUAACAGUUUCUGCUGCUCAAACUGUAUCCUGCUUGUUGUAUAGUACAGCUAUCUGGGGGCAGCUCUAGCAGAGAUUAAUUGGAUAGCAUCCAAAAUAAGGCUGUGUACAAAUAAGAAUAAGAAUAAGAAUAAGAAUGAGAAUAAGAAUAAGAAUAAUUUAUUAUCUAUACCCCACCCAUCUGAUUGGGUUUUCCCAGCCACUCUGGGCGGCUUCCAACAAAGAUUAAAAAUACAUUAAAAUUAAAAAUACAUUAACAUGACGUUAGCUGCAAUCCCUGUUGUUACAUGCCACCCCAAUCUCCAAAUAGUAAGAGGUUUUUAUUGUCUGAUUGACCUUCUGACAAUUCUGGAAAGAAGAUUCCUGCAUUGGACUAGAUUAUCAUCAUGGUCCAUUCUGAUUUUAUGUUGCUGCUGCUGCUGCUGCUGUUAUUGUUGUUUUUAAAAAAGAGGGACUAAAGAAAGCGUGGAUAAGCCCUGAGUCCUACUCAGAAGAGACCCACUGAAAUCAAUGCACCCACGUUCAUAAAUUUCAAAGGCUCUACUCAGGGUAGAACUGACAUUGGUUACAACCCUCUGUCAGCAUUUUAGUGCAAAUUUAUCCUGAUAUGCACAUUUUUGUAUGUAGUCUUGACUAAUUUACACAUUUGCAAGACUGUCUCCAAAAAUAAUGCAAGCUUAUGCUGUUUUCACUAAUGCAGGCAUCUUUUUGCACACUUUCCCCUAAUAAAUGCAUUUUGGUAAACAUUGGCCAGUUGAAGAACUGCUUCACAAAAUCUGGAUAAGUGAAAAUUUUGAAGUUUUCUCCUAAAAUAUGUAUUUUUAUACACAUUGGCUAGAGAACUGCAUCUAUAUUUAUUUGCUUGUGGGGUGUUCAUAUGCCUUCUUGUUAUUAAUUUGUUCAUCCAGGACUUUUCAAUACACUUCCCUAACGACACAUACACAAAAACCUGUUUGGCUAUAUCUGGCUCUCUUUAAUUGUAAACUAUUGAUCAUGAGACUUGCUAGCACACAGAAAUAACAACUUUUCUAACACGGUUGGAUAAAUGUCACACUGCUUAUGUCAAUCUUAAGGAUUAACAAAACUUUACAACUGCAUUGUCUCAUCACAGCCUCUGCGUCUUCUGUUCUUCCUGUGUCCCAAAGAUGGGACACAGAACUUCUAAAGCCAGGUCAUGGAUAUUUUUGGCAUGCCUGAAACCGAAUGCAGAGGGCGCAGAGCAGCCCAGAACAUUGCCUAGCAGGUGCUAAUGCCUCAUGAUAAUCCUCUUUGUGCAAUGCAAAAGGUAGUGAAAUUCUAACUGCGCACCUUCUUAUUAGAUGUGUCCCCUUCCUCCAAGGUAAAUCCCACCUAGGUUUAGGACUGGCAGCAUUUAUUGCCAAUCGCGUGAGGUGAAAACAUCCCCCUCCCCCGCCAUAGUGUCAUGAAGGGAUUUUGAAGUUCUAAGUGCCUGAAAGUGUUUCUCUCUGGAUUCCAGGUGAUGCCAGAACCCUGAGGAACACCAUGGCAAGCCCUAAGAAGCCCUGGUCCAGGGGGCAAAUGAUGCUGCUUCUGGGAUGCUCUGCCUGCUUCUUUCUGCUCCCAGGAGGUAGGUUGCCAUUCUGCUGUCUAGAUGGGGCCAAUCUGGGGCAUAAUUGAACAACAGGUGAUGUGCAGCUGAUUCCUUUUUCUUUCUUUUUUUUCAUUUAAUAGAAUCAUAGAUUUUUUCUUACGGCAAAGUACAAAAAAAAAGUUUAACUUUUUUUUAAAGGCCACAGGCUGCUUGACAACACAGCAAUAUAAUAAACAAUAUACUGCAUAAGCGCAGAAUUAUAAAAUUGUAGAGUUGGAAGGGACCCCAAGUUCCUGUAAUGCAGGAAUCACACGUAAAUAUAUAAUCCAACCUCUCAUUAAAAACCUCCAAGGCAAGAGAGUCCACCACUUUCCAAGGAAGUCGUACAAAAGAUUAAAAAGGGGUACUUAAAUAGAAUUCAUCAUCAUACUUAACAGUAUAGAAUAAACAGCUGUGUCAAAGUAUUCACAAUUGCAUGUGCCACCAACCACAAACAGCUGUAGUAGUGCAUUUUGCCACAGCUGCAGCAACAGGUGGAUUUGUGAGGCCUCCUUCCCUGAGGUUUGGUGAGAGCCAUGUUGCUCUCCCAAGCCUAUGCGUUGCAUAGUGGUUAGAGCGUCAGACUGGGACCUGGGAGAUCAGGGUUCCAGUCCCCAUUCGGCCAUGAAUCUUUCCUGGUGACCUUGUGCUGGUCACUGCCUCUCUCAGCCUAACCUACCUCACGGGGUUGUUGUGAGGAUAAACCAGGGAGGAGGAGAACUACGUAAGCCGCCUUGAGAUUCCUUGGAAGAAAGGUGGGAUACAGAUGGGAUAAAUCAAUAAGUCUUUCUCUCCUUAUCCCAGCAGGAUCCUUGGCCUGCAGCAGCAUCACCACAGACUCCCCAGUGGUUCUCUUCGGAUCCACAGCAAGAGCUUCUUGCAUCAUCUGGAGAAACUCCUGCCUCAUCCGAGACGAUGAAGAAAUCCAGAUGAUGUGGAAACUGGACGAAGAGUUCCUGACAGGGACCCAGUACAGUUUAGACAAUGGGUUAGAGGUCUCCAACAUCACCAUCGGGCCCAUCAAUGAGACUGUGACCACUCUGAGCUGCUAUGUAAAAAGGAAACAGAAGCCACAGAUGAUGAAGGUCAUCCAGAUUCGUGCAGGAUGUAAGUGCACCCUGGUGCUGCAGAGCAAGGGACAUGGGGCAGGAGGCAUCUUUGAUAUACGUGGGCAUUCAUUUUAACAAAAGUAUCAAGGUGGUUUACAAUGAUAAAAGCAGUAAAAUCAUGAUCGGUGCAAAACUUCCAAAAAGCAACAGUAAAAGGAAAUCCUCGUUAACAAGGGAAUCCCGGAAAAGUCCACUGGGGUAAAACCUCUGCAUUAAAAGGAAAACUACUUGAAAAUGAUUUACAGAUGGUAUUUAGCUCCAGGUAGGCUUGCUAAGAUGUAUAGGACUGAAUCAGAUGUGCUGGAGAUGCAAAGACGUGGAGGGAACGUUCUUUCAUAUGUGGUGGGCUUGUAGAAGGGUAAAAGAGUGUUGGGAAAUGAUCCAUAAUAAAUUGGAAAAAAUGUGUAAAAGUACUUUCCCCCCCAAAAAACCAGAAUCCUUCCUGUUGGGAAUAAUUCAGACUUAAAUUCCCAGGUGUCAUAAAAGGUUGUUUAUGUAUGCCACUCCUGCAGCCCAUGUUCUGUUAGCCCAAAAAUGGAAAACAAGCGAGGUCCCAACCAAAAAAGAAUGGCAACUUAAGUUGCCAUAUAAUGCACAGCUUGCAGACUUAACAUGUAGAAUAAGCAAACAAGAAGAACAUAUGUUUAGAGAAAAUUGGAAAACGUUUAUUGAAUUUAUGGGAAAUAACUGUGUACAGCUGUAAACGCUAGCAACAUUAAGAUAAAUUCAACAGUGUAAUUAAGUUUUGAUGGAUGUAAUAAUGGAAUACUGAAUGGUAUAGUUUUUCUAAAAUAUGCAGGGAUUUAUGAUAUGUAGAAUGAACCAUGGAAAGAGAUGUCAUUAAUAUCUUAAGGAUGUAAAAAUGAGUACUGGUACUUUCAAUUGUCAUAGGGACGCGGGUGGCGCUGUGGAUUAAACCACAAAGCCUAGGACUUGCCAAUCAGAAGGUCGACGGUUCAAAUCCCCGUGACGGGGUGAGCCCCUGUUGCUCAGUCCCUGCUCCUGGCAACCUAGCAGUUCAAAAGCACGUCAAAGUGCAAGUAGAUAAAUAGGUACCACUCCGGCCGGAAGGUAAGCAGCGUUUCUGUGCGCUGCUCUGGUUCGCCAGAAGCAGCUUAGUCCUGCUGGCCACAUGACCCGGAAGCUGUACGCCAGCUCCCUCGGCCAAUAAAGCAAGAUGAGAGCCGCAACCCCAGAGUCGGCCACGACUGGACCUAAUGGUCAGGGGUCCCUUUACCCUUUACUUUACUUUAAAUUGUAAAACAGAAAAUUUAACAAAAAUUAUUUAAAAAGAAGCAAUGGGGGCCAAGAGUACCUCUCUUAGGAAGCUGACCCUAGAUUAGGAGCAGCACAACCCCCCAAAGAGCCUGCGUCUUCUCUGGUGGUGAGUCUUUUGAAGUAGAACUAAGUGUUCAUUGUCAGGAGGUAGGGACAUUUCUUGAGCUAUUCUAGUCCCAGAGUAUUUAAGAUUUAAAAAGUCAAAACCAGCACCUUUAAUUGAACCCAGAAGCCAAUUGGUAACAAGCCAAGCCCUACCAAGAGGCAGAGUGAGGUGGCAAACCCUGGUGAGUGGACAGUGGCGGUGAGGCAUCGGAGAUUAAAGUGGUAUGUGCCCCCACAGUUUGCUGUCCACAGGUGGGGUGGCAGGCAUUGUCCCAUUGCUAGUGUUGAAGGAAGACUUGGCUGCCUGUCAGGUCAGCUUCAACAUGUGGAUCAGGCCCCUUUGCCUCAGGCAGCAAAAGAUCUUGGGCUGAGCCUGACUGGUAGCCUGUAAAGUUAGCAAAGGGUCUACUGUGAUGUGAUCCACUCUACCAUCUCUCUAGUCAAAACUCUGGAAAGCAACCAUAUUCUUCUUGUGGAAACCAUUGCAAAUGAGACUGCAGCAUAUCCCAAGCAGAUAGUUCCAGAGGAUUUUAGUAAAUGAGCCAAGCUGUAUUCUUCAGGUGAAGGGAGAAAUUACCAGGGUCCCUAACUGAUCUGCCCUGGAUGACCAUUCCUUUCUGACAGAACCAGAAUGAAUAUUUAAAAAAUGGGGAACAUUUCUUAUCUUUUACCAGCCAAGUUUUGCAUUUUAUUUUUCCCCAUAGCAUUCCAGUGCUUUAGAUUUAUUGGCAUCUGUUGAUUACUAUGUUUUUGGCAGGUAUCAAAUAUGUAAUUUUAUAAACUGCCUCAUCUCAAGUGCUGCUACUGGGAAAAGAAGUGUUUGUCUGAAAUUCCAUUGUAUGUCCACUGUGAAAUAUCAGAGACAAAUCUCAAACACAGAAUUCAAAUUUCAUUGGGUGGCAGAUGCAGAUCUCAGCUCAGCCCCACUGAAUGCAGGGAUGCAAUUCAUCUCCUUCUCUUCUUCCGUCCCACUUUCCCGCCAUUCAGAUCCUCCAGCACAACCCCAAAACCUCACCUGCGUUAUGAAUGUCACCACGAAGAACCUCACGUGCCGGUGGGACCCUGGGCAAGACAGCUUCCUCCCAGUCAGUGUGGCCCUGAAGGGAUACCGGUAAGGAAAUAUAAUUUUUUUAAUAGUGUGGAGUGGGGGCAGUGGGGGAACUUUGUCUCCCACAUUCUGACCCUGGCUUUGAACCUCUAGGCCAGUUGACAGAUCAUCUUAUGGGAAAUGCCAAAAGUUUGAGCUGGUGGCCAGACAAUGAGAAUGAAGAUUGUAAAAUCAUACCCUCCAACAUUUCUCUGAUGAAAAUAGGGACGUCUCAUUCCAUAAUGAUAAUUUUACUAUUUAUACCUCACACAUCUUAUUGGGCUGCCCCAACCACUCUGGGCAGCUUCCAACAUACAAGGUGUGACCAGAAAGUUUGGUGAAUGGUCACAGAAAUCGGACAGCGAGAAAUACAGGCCUUCAGAGUAGACCCCCUCUGAUACAAUGCACUGUUGACAACAUUCGUAGAACUGUUGGAAACUUCUGGAGAAGUCCUCUUUUUGUACUGCUUUCAGUUCCCUCGUCACAGCAACUUGGACAUGUGAAAUGUUGGAAAAUCUGUGGCCUUUCAGUGCAGAUUCCAGUUUCGCAAAAAGAAAGAAAUCCAGUGGGGCCAGAUCAGGAGAAUAUGGAGGGUGGGACAACUCAGUAACCUCAGUAACUAUUUCACACGGAAUAUGCAAUUCUUCCGGGACAAACACAGAACCCACAUCAAUAACUCACAAACUCUGUCAACAUUUGCCGCCGUUCUGCUCGUCGAUGGUCUGCCAGACGGAGGGUCAUCUUCGAUGGUUUGCCGCCCUUCACGAAAACACUUAAACCACUGUCUUUCGAGUUACAGCUUCAUCGCCGUACACAUUUGUAAGCAUUUCAUGGGUUUCCGAUGCUGAUUGUAUGUUCGAAUAUUUCUCACUGAUUUCUGUGACCAUUCACAUGGUCAAACCUUGUAUAUAAAAACAUAAUAAAGCAUUAAACUUUUUUAAAAAAAUAAACCUUCCCUAUACAGGAUUGCCUUCAGACAGCUUAGGGGUCAAGUAACUCCAUGCCCUCCAACAUUUAUCCAAUGAAAAUAGGGACAUCCUAAGCAAAAGCAGGACAUUCCGGGAUCAAAUCAGAAACCAGGGUGGCUUCUCUAAAUCAGGGACAUCCCUGGAAAAUAGGGAUACUUAGAGGGUCUGUAAAAUUUGGCAGUUUUGUACCUCCUUGAACUGAGUCACCCAGCACGAGCACAUUAAGGCACUGAUUUGUGGAGUUCAGUGCCCCAUUUCACCCACCCCUGCGCAUGGUGGGACCACAGAGAAGUCAAAGGUACUUCCUCCUCUGGCAGCCACUGACUGACUGCUCUCUUGGUGUUCCAGGAACCAGGGUGUGUGUGAAGUCCCCACAGAGGCCAUCCCCGCAAGCUGCACCCCACUGCCUGGGCAGAACUCCUGCACAAUCGGCCGAGAGAACCUCCUGCUCUACCACCCCAUGAUUUUCUGGCUGUCGGUGAACAACGCCCUGGGAGAAGUGGGCUCUGAGCCGCUGUGUGCAGACCCCAUCGAUUUAGGUGUGUGGAGGCAGAGGCAGCGGAGUCCGCCCUGACUUUGCAUCUUUUUGCAGCGCUUCUGCCUGAGGUGGGGAGUUUGGAAAUGAAAGAUGCAAAUGCUAGCUGAGGCUUGCCAUAGAAGAAAAGCCUGGCUGGAUCAGACCUUCAAGAUCAGACUUUAACACACACACACCACUGCCCUUGCCUUAGCUUUUUGCCCUGCACUUCUCAUUUCAGCCAAGCUGGACCCCCCAACCAUCCACGCCAUGCAGUCCAUCCCCGAGGAGACUGACUGCAUAUCUGUCAUGUGGGAAGCAGGGAGAGACAGCGAGCACAUGCACCAGUUAUGUGACCUGAGCUACCAGGCAGAGGGCGACCAGGAGUGGAAGCUGGUGAGUAUUGCUAUGUAUUCAGUGGUUUGUGUUUGCCUGAGCUUGAGUCUGGACUAAGGAUUCUGAGCCCCUGUAUUCUGAUUCGAUACAUGAUGUCCAGUCACAGAACAUUUCAGGAUUUGGGCCUCUGCCAUUGGCCCUUGAACUCUGAGUUGUGAUUCACAGCUUGGAAGUUUGGACAGCCAAUCACGUUGGGAGUGGGAGUGGCCCAGGCUUUCAGCAAUGUAUAUAAGCAGUUGCUUUGCCCCUGUUUCCUAGUUAUGUAGUUCAGUAAAGGUUCUUGCUGUUAUUGCUAUGUCUUGCCUCAUGGGAUCCCACCUAUACUUCAAGUAUCUCUUCCGAACAGGGAGCCUGGAGAUCAAAGCAGGCCUCCCCCUGCUGCGCACACACCCAGUUCCAUUGCUGAAGGGGGUUCCUAGCUCUCAUUCAAGGGCUGAAGGAGGUUCCUAGCUCUCAUUCAAGAGCAGCUUUUUGAUGCAAGAGAAAGCACACCCCCAACCCCCAGGACGUGCUUGGCUUUGCUGUUAACCCCUUGAUGACUGUUUUAUUUACUCAUUUAUUCCCAUAUUUACCAACCCGAAAGUGCAAUAACAGCGUAUUACUUCAUACUGUAUGCUAAGCAAACAAACCAUAAAUAAUCAGAGAAGAAAUGCUGGCACAUCAAUAUAAAUCAAGGCAUAUUUCCCAAGCUGACGUGGAUGGUGGAUGCUGAGCUUCUAAGAAGCAUAGGAAAUAAAGUCCCACCAGGUGACACAGAAGUGUUCUGAAUACUUCAGCCUCCUGGAAACAUGCAAAUAUAUGAAGUCCAUAAGUUCUUAUACCAAAAAGACAAAUGUAGAUUUCUCAGGGUUUUCCACUGCUGGGCGCUUGGAUCGUAGCUGCUGGUAGCAUCCAUGUCAAAAGUUCUUUGUGCAGCAUGUUUUCAUGUUGUCCCUCCACAUAUUCAAUAAUGAUAGUUGUGGGGAGACCUGAACAGAUGAUUUAAUAAUUUUAGGUAUUUCUUGAUAUGCUUGAGACCAGAAUAAUGACAAGAUGGAAGAAUACCUGUUCUCCUUCACUCCUGUCCUGUGUCACAUCCAUCAUCCCUAAAACACACACACAGCACCUGGUCCCUUAUCUUCACACUUCUUUCCCAGGCUGUUCCCUGGCAACCGGCAAGCCAGGGGCUCAUCAGCCUCAUGUUGGCUCUGCCAGCUUCUAUUGCUGCUUUUUCUUUUGCUCCAGUGGUAGCCCUGCUGUUCAAAUAAGCAAAUGUGCAACUGAGCUAUUUUUCCUCCAGAUCAGCUCACCCACAAUUAGCUACGAUUGGUCAUCCUGCCAAGCACAGCCUGGUUUGGGGCUUGCAGUGGUCCAGUUCCCCUGUUACUGGAGCAUCAAGGGUGCAAGUCACUCCUCCUUGCUGGUGCUCUCUCACCAUACCUUACCAGUGAUGUCUGAGGCAGCCUUUGCCAAUCAGAUGCCCUCCAGAUGUUCCAGACUACAACUCUCAUCAACACUAGCCAAGGCAGCCAUUCUGGACUGCAACCAUCACCAGCCCAAGCCAAUGGAGCCAUUAUGGACUAUAAUUCGCAUCAGGCCAGCCAGCAUGGCUGUGCUGGCCAAGGGCAAAGAGUUGGUGAAGGCUGGGCUCUGAACACAGGGGUCAGGAGAAGUUCUAUUUCAUUCACAUUGAAAGCCAAAUCUAUUAAAUUUGCACUUUUUGAAACAAUAUAAGAACUUUGAAAAUUGCACAUAUCCGGAUUUGGUGAUGGAGUUCUCCGAUUGACCAUUGUUUACCAAAAUGCAUUUAUUUGGGGAAAGUGUUAAUUACAAAGAAUAUAUUAGUGAAAACAACAAAGAAAAAUGCUUUAUUUUAGGGGAAAGUGCUUACAAAAUAUGUACAUUACUCAAAACUGCAGACAGAAAGUGUGUUUAGUAGGAUAAAUUUCCACUCUAACAUAAGGUUACCAGAUUUUUUUCAAUGAAUCCAGGGACACUUUUCAACUUCAGUUGAAAGGGAUGGAUUUUGUCAGGGUACUGAUUUGUAAAUCUGGGGACUGUCCCUGGGAAACGGGGACAUCUGGUAACCUUCCUCUAACACUUAAGGGUUUCCAAAAAGGAUUUUUGUUAAGGCACAGAUUGCUGGAGAGUUGCAGAUUGGGAAAAUGAGAAAGGGAGAGAAGUGAACCUGGCAGAUCCUUCCAUCCCUACACCCAAGGGGCCAAUGGCACAGCAGCCUUGAACGAUUGGCUGUUAUUCUUUGUAGAACUGUAGAGGUGGAAGGGGCCCACCCAGUCCAAGCCCCUGCAAUACAGGAAUCACAGCUCAUUCUCACUCUCGCUUUUCGCCCCCCAGGUCCACAAUAUCACCAACCCCACCUGGGAAAGGCAGGAAGUGUGGCGUGUGUGGCACUGCGGCUUCCUCUUUGGGACCCUCUACCACUUCCAGAUGCGCUGCCAGAGAUUUGGUGGAGCCGGCUACUGGAGUGACUGGAGUCCAAUGAUGAACUUCACCACCCACGAGAAAGGUGGGCGGAACGGAGGGGCAGUUUCUUCCGAAAUCCUGUGGCCCUGUUGUCAAGGGGGAAGCAGGGCAGGGGGCUAGUCCAGAGCCCCUCCUAAGCUCUCAACUGAGAAGCUCAUCCAAAUAAGAAACCAGGGGUUCCUCCGUUCCCUGUGCUGUUAAAGGGUUUUGAGUGAGCCAGGAGGAGUUGCUGGGAGGCAGCCUCAGAACCGAUCCAGCCUCAAACCAUGCAGGAUGAGGAGGGAAAGAGUUUAUCUGCCAACACUUUUGUACAGCUGUUUUGUUCAAGAGCAUUUUCAAAAAUAAAAGGACCGCCAAGGUACCUCCAGCAACAACCAUUGAAAAACAACAGGCUACCUUCUUUCCUUUGGGCUGACAGAAACAAAAUGGAAGUCAGGGGUGUCGUGAAAGGCAGCACCCAGGGAAGGAUCACUUUCCACCACACAUGUAAAAAAAAAAAAACCCAGCCACCCACACAAGGCAGUUCAGUGUACCCACAGUCAGGUAACUUGCAAUUUUGUAUUAUUAUUAAUAAUAAUAAUAAUAAUCUCCUUUUUUCAGAUCAGUACUCAAGGCACAAAUUAAAACAACACAGAUAAAAUACGGAAGGCUAAAAACAUACAAAAGAUAAGAGUUUAAUUACUUUCGAACAAUUAUUUUCCGUAUGUUUUUAGACUUCUGUAUUUUAUGUGUGUUGUUUUAAUUUGUGCCUUGAGUACUGAUCUGACAAAAGGGCAGGAUGUUAUUAAUAAUAACAAUAAUUAAUAGAAUUAAUACAAUAUAAAAAAACCAGCUCUGUUAAAAUUCAGAUAAUAAAACAGCACAGCAGUAUUAAAAGCUAUUGAAAAAGAGUCAGUUCCCAAAGGCCUAUUAGAAUAAAAAGGUAUUUAGCUGCCGGUAGAAGGACUACAAGAAGCCAGUCUUGCAUCUCUAGGGAAGGAGUUUGAGAGUCUAGGAGCAGCCACCAAGAAGCCCCUCUCCCACAUCCCCACCAAGUGUGCCUAUGAUGGUGUUGGGACUAAGAGAAAGGUCUCCCCCAAAGAUCUCAGAACCCAGGGAAGGUUUGUAUGGGAGAAUAUGGUCCUUCAGACAGCCUGGGCCUAUACUGAAUUUUCUUCCUAUGGAUAGAAAAGUCCAAAUUUAGCGGUGGUGGGAGUGUGGGCUGUCACUUUAAUGAGGAUACGGUGUGGACCCUACCACAACAAAAACAAGAGAGACACAAGCAACUUCAAAUUCACAUUAAACUCCAGUGUAGAUGGACCCAAAGCCUCUUUUUCUCUUCCAGCACCUUCAGGAGAGCUUGAUGCCUGGUGGAAAGUGAAGACCAGGGAGGCAGAGGCAAGAACUGAAGUGCAGCUGUUGUGGAAGGUGAGGGGUGGGGGACUACACUGCAGACCUCAAGGCCAACCAUUCUCCUGCAACCUGGUGCCUUCCAGGAUUUUUGGGCUACAACUCGCAUCGGCUACAAUCUGACCAUUCCAAAACAUCUGGAGGGCACCAGCUUGUGCAAGGCAAGAAGCCCUCAUGAGAUCUGUGUCUUGCAGUCUUAGGAGGCAUCAUCAUAAGGUGCAAGAGGCUAAUCCAGGGUCUUCUGCUCCCACCCAUGUUGGAUAUAAUGUGCACUUUUGGUUCAUUCAUUAAGCAAGCAACCCCUUACAGUAAAGUGGGCAACAAGAGGCUGUCUUUCUCAAGAAAUGUUGGGAGAUUCAGGUCAGAUAAAUGAAAGGACUUCGUCAUGCAGCUAAACAUAGUUAAACUAUGCAACUCACUGCCACCGGAUGCAGUGAUAUCCACCAAAUUUAAUUAGACUAAUUCAUGGAGAGGGCUGCCGAUGGCUAUUAGCCAUGGUGACUCUGCUCUGCCUCCACAGUUGGAGGCAGCGAUGCUUCUGAAUACUGGAAACCACAGGAGGGGAGAGGGCUCUUGUGCUUGAAUCCUGCUUGCGGGUUUCCCACUGGGGCAUCUGGCUGGCCACUGUGAGAAAAAGAUUCUGGACUAGAUGGGCCAUGGGCCUGAUCAAGCAGGCUCUUCUUAUGUUCUUCUGUUCUUAUUGUGCAGCCAAUGAAACCCAAUGAGGCCCAUGGGAAAAUCUUGGGUUACAUGGCCACCCUCAGCACCCGGCGGCACAGCGGGGAGCCAUCGCCACUGUGCAACACCUCUGAGACGUGCUGCACUUUCUCACUUCCACUUGGAACCCAGAAGAUUUAUCUCAUGGCCUACAACGCCAGAGGCUCAUCUCAGCCCACUGAAGUCUACUUGUCCGAGAAGAAAGGUAGGAGCCUCCUCAAUCUGGGGACAGCUCUCCUGCAAAGAGUCACUUUUACACACCUCUUGCAAUGUAUUCACUUUCUCAAGAGUAGGAGCAUAUUCACUGCCAGCUGCAGGAUUUUGGGGUUUCCCUCUACACAAGUCUUGGGGCUUGGUUUUUCUGUGUGCCACAGGUUUCUGGGGUUUUUUCCAUCCUGGAUAUUCAUCUCUGUUCUACUGCUUGCCAUCCACACUAAUGGAUACAACUUGACCAAUGGUAUCAGGGCGGGUGCGCAAGCCCCUCACCUCAAUUACUCCUCUCUCUCUCCAUUCGCUACCUUCUCUUUGGAGAACACACACAGGUAUUUCUGUACCUAUCCAAAGAUUUUCCAAAGAUAGGUACAGGAUUGGAGAAAUGGGCAAAAGAGGGUUGUGCUUUGGAUUUUUAAAAUUUUUAAAAAGCUUAUACUGAGGUCUUGCAUAGGUCUUCCACAACUAAGGCACAGCAAUGAUAAAGAGGUCAAUUGCCAUCUCCAAGUACACAUAUGUACUGUGUGGAGAUUGUAUAGAAUCAUAGAACUGUAGAGUUGGAAGGGAGCCAAAGGGUCAUUCGGUCUAACCUUCUGCAACGCAGGAGUCACUACUGACAGAUAGCCGUCCAACCUCUGCUCAAAACCUCCAACAAAGGACAGUCUGCUGCCUUUCUGACCGUGAGAGCUGUUUGAAAGUGGAGCAAACUAGAAUCACAGAAUCGUAGAAUUGUAAAGUCAAAUGGGAUCUGAUAAUCAUCUAGUCCAACCCCCUGCCAUUUCAGGAAUCACAGCUGAAGAAUCUCUGACGCCCAACCUCUGCUUAAAAUCCUCCAGUGAAGGAGAGUCCAUCACCUUCCGAGGGAGUCUCCUUUCGCUGGAGGCUUUUAAGCAGAGGUUGGAUGGCCAUCUGUCAGAGGUUCUUAAGCUGUGAUUCUGACAUUGCGGAGGCUGGACUAAUUACCCUUGGGGUCAUUUUCAUCUCUCUGAUUCUAUGAUCCCCCCCAUCACCAGUUAGCCUUCUUAUGCUCUCUUGCCUAUAAUUCUAACCAUCUCCCCUGCAUCUUCUUGAUACUGUCCGUAGGUCAACCCGUGCCCAAGUUCCAGGCCUCCCCUCACAACGAGACAAGCAUCUGGGUGUUCUGGGAUCCCCCAGUGACACCAGCCAGGGGCUACAUCAUCGAGUGGCACAGCAUGACCUCAGCGGAAGACUCAUCUGAUGGCAACCACGGUCACAACAACAUGCGAUGGACCAAAGUGCAGAGUGGCACCGUCACACGUGCUCUGAUCCAAGGUGAGAGGGAGAGAGAGGGCUGGAGCCCUUUCAUCCAUUGGAAGAGCCACUUGGGACACAGAGGAGGGAUGCCCGUUAGUGGGGUAGGACAGCUGAGAGUCCCUCCACACUCUUUUCUGUGAAAUGGGUACAUAUCCCAGAUUGUUCUUCAGGCCCAGUCACCAGCUCACCUUCUGAUGUUCUGGCUCCCAUUCUCACAUUCACGGACAACCUUCCCCUUCUCUCUUUCAGAAAACGUGAAACCUUUUCAACGCUACAACAUCUCCAUCUACCCACUCUACAGGGACAGAGUGGGGAUGCCCCAGUGUUUGGAAGUUUACACCAGGCAGAAAGGUAUGGCCUCCCCCUGCUUCUUCUCAGCUGCCAUCAUCUGGGGAUGCACAGUCUUAUUUGGACGCAUAAAACUAUCUUCCUUCCAACAAAACUGUCUUCAUUCGGCAUCUUGGGAACCAUCCAGACCGAUGUGGGUGGUUGCAGGAGGGAGGUUCUUUUCUGCAGCUUGUAAUUGAUACAAUAAUAGUGCAUUAGUGGUGGAUUUAUGUUGGGACCAUCCACAUGCCAUUCUGCUGUAUUAGUUGUGCUGCAGAGAUUGACCAGUGUUAUCAUAUUAUUGCUGUCUGGAGGCAGAGGGGAACUCUUGCGCUAUUGUGCCACAAAAGCCAGACAAGCCCCACCCCCUGAUAUGCACUGAUUGGAAACGAAGCAGCAAGUCUGCCCCAAAGAGUAUUGGAAUCGCUUAUAACUGCCCUGAUACCAUCAUGAGAACACACAAAUGCAGCAUAGGAAAGACAUCUCCGGAGGGUCCCCUUAGACUUGGAGGAUUCCUCCCUUCCCCCAGAUAUUCACGCCCCACAACUUAAUUUCCAAAAUUACAAAUUCCCAUGCUAUUAUUUGAGUUAACCCUAAACCUUUCUGGAUGCCACUUCCUCUGAUUGGGUUAGGGAGUGCCUGUGGAUGUACAGUGGUGCUGGAAAGAUACUCCGCACAUGUUCAGGCACUAUCUUUCUGAAAUGUAGAGCUAAGAGCAGCUUCCAGGGAUGACUCCUAGCAAGCCUUGGUCCAGAUUGCCUUUCUCAGGUUGGAUUCACACCAUGGGAUUAUAGCACACCCAAUGUGCCUUUAAAGUGCCUAACUUCUCGCCCCAAAAUCCUGGGAACUGUAGUCUUCCCCUCCCUCACAAAGCUGGGACUCAAACUACCAUUCCCAGAAUUCUUUGGGGAAAGCCAUGUGCUUCAAAACUAUGCUGUGGAUCUGCCCUAAUAAAACCCAUCAGUCCCCCUGCAGCCUCCUGGUGACCCUGGUUUGCUGGUGGCAAUAGUAAUAACCCCCCUUUUUCCCCUCUGCAGCUCCAUCUGACACCCCCAAACUCCACCCGGGGAGUAUCAGUAAGUCCACAGCUCAGCUUCACUGGGAACCCAUCCCGGUUGAAAAGCGGCAUGGCUUCAUCACCAACUACACCAUUUUCUGGAACGGCACCAAUGAGGACCUGAAAAGUGAGUCACACCCAUACAUUCAGCCCCUCCCAGUUGUGUCAUUUCAUAUCCCCCCAGCAAAGGGUGAGAGGACCCUGAAUUGCCCAGCCAGUGGACAAGAAGAGCUCAAGUUGGGCUGGAAGAAGGCAUCUGCGUUGCUGCACAGAUGGCUGGGUGUCUAACUUCACCUCUGGUCAACAGGCCUGGAGGUGCAGUGGAUUUCUUCAACAGCCCCACCAUUAUGAUGUUUAAGACAAUUUUACCUGGGGUUUAUCCACCCUUACCUGUCCUCUAGGGGGACGCGGGUCUAAACCACAGAGCCUAGGGCUUGCCGAUCAGAAGGUCAGCGAUUCGAAUCCCCACGAUGUGGGUGAGCUCCUGUUGUUCGGUCUCAGCUCCUGCCCACCUAGCAGUUCGAAAGCACACCAGUGCAAGUAGAUAAAUAGGUACCGCUCAGGCGGGAAGGUAAACGGCGUUUCUGUGCGCUGCUCUGGUUCACCAGAAGCGGCUUAGUCAUGCUGGCCACAUGACCCGGAAGCUGUAUGCCGGCUCCCUCGGCCAAUAAAGCGAGAUGAGCGCUGCAACCCCAGAGUUGGCCACGACUGGACCUAAUGGUCAGGGGUCCCUUUACCUUUACCUUUUUACCUGUCCUCUGCUCUUUCCAGGCAUGCUCCGCAUUUUAAAGCUCCAUGUCCAAAGGUCCCUCUUUUUUGGUUUUGCUCUGGAGCUACUAUUGUUUGCUCUGAUUGAGUGCUAAAGAGCAGGUUUUUGUGGGAAAGCUCUCGGGGCAGGGGAUGCUCAGACACAGAACUUUUAAACACAGGCCUGUGCCUGGAAUCAGUGGGGCAAGAGAUAAGUGUGGAUAAUUCCUUGGUCAUAGCAGCAGCCUCUGGGAAACCCACAGAACUGGAGUCCACCAGCCUAUAAAUCACCCAGGCUUAUACCGAGGCUUUCCCUUACCUUAGCUUUACGCAUGCGUAGAAAUUAAGUCACGUUGGGCUCAUGCACACUUCUGUUUGUUUCUAGUCAGGUAUUUGAUAGGUUCUGUUUUUGUUUUGUUUUGUUGUCCUGCCACUUUCCUCAGAAAAGCCCACUGUUUACUGCUCAGUUGGAACAAACGUCGAUUGGGUUUGCUGCAGAUCGGCGUUCAUUCUGAUUCAGCAAUAAACGGCAGGUUUUCAUGGGGAAAGCAGCACGACAACAAAAGAAACCUCUUGGACCCAUGGCUAGAAAUCUCCGGACAAAUGGAAGAAAUUGCGGGGAAACAGAAGUGUGGGUGAACCAGUUCUUGGAGGAAAAGUGUACCUGCAUCAUGAGAGCUGGAUGUCUGAUUCAGUGAAGAACAGGGUACCUACUUACUAUCGGGCUACAUACCUCAAGAGUGAGAUUUUCCCGCACAAUCUCGACACAUUAUACAGUCCGAGCAAGCAGAUUCUCCUCACUACAUCCUUUCACAAUCUCUUCUAUACCUUUCUAUAUCCCUUCACAUGUAGGCUGCCUAUCAAAGCAUAUACAGUGCUAUAACUUCCACUGAAUAGGGUUUUGUAUAGUUUCUAAAACCUACUAGGCCAGAACAACAUGAGUCGUGUUGGUAAAAUUUACGGUGACACCAGCUUUCAUAGGCUAGACUAGAGGCCACAUUGUCCGAAGCAUUGCCAGGUGGCCUUUUGUCAAAUCUACCCACCCUCUGGCCUCAGAACCCCCUGCCUCAGCUACACUUUCACCCUGCGGGGGCUAAACAUGGCUGCCUUUUGUCUAGGUGCUGUCGUGAACUCUUCAGUCGACACCUUCACCAUCGUGGGUCUCUGGCCUUCCAGAAUGUACAGGGUGUACAUCAUGGCCUCAACAGUGGGUGGGAGCACCAACGGUACCAUCCUCACGUUCUAUACCAAGGCGAUUGGUAAGGAGAACCAUAGGAUGGAGGGUGGGGCUGGGUUCGUGGGGGCGGUGGGCUGUCUCCAUGCUCUGCCUCCACACUUGGGGGUAGCAGUGCUUCUGAAUAUAGUUGCUGGAAACCCCAGGAGGGGAGAGGGCUCUUGUUAAGUUAUUAUGUUUUCAGCUGCAUUUGGGGUGAGCAAACACCUCAAAAAGUUUGGGAGGUGGAAGCAGAUGUCCAGGUAGGCGGGGCAAAGUAAGGGUUUCUUUUAAAACUUGCAGUUUUCUGGACUAUCCUUUAAAAAAAAAAGUUUGUCUUUUCUGCAGAUAAUGGCCUCCCCGUACAACAAGGAGGCCACUUCUGCCACCAUCACUACACACAUGCUCAGAGUGGGGCAGCAAAUACCUCUGGAAAAGAUGGCCUGUGAAGGGACAGCCAUCUUUCUUUCCACUUAGCUGUGAUUCCUGCAUUGCAAGGGGUUGGGCUAGAUGACAUUUGGGAACCUUCUCUCCAAUGACAGUAUCUGGUUCUAUCAUUUUAUACUUUUUUUGUAGGUAGUACAACAAAGGCUUAGGGGCAGACAUAUUUUGUUCUGUAUCAGGUCCCGGGAUGGUGAGCACACUGUCACAUUCUGCUGCUAUUCAGGGCAUUUGCUGCCUCAUUUUGAACAUGUGUGUGCUGGUCAAGUGGAUAUUAUCUCCAACCUACACCAAAAAAGUCAUUUUUUAAAACGCAGACAGUGUGGUGUCGGGGUUAGAGUGUCAGGUUAGGACCUGGGAGACCAGGGUUCUCGUCCUACUUGGCUAUGAAGCUAUAGGCCAGCUCAUGCUGGGGGAAGCUUACUUGUAUUCUGCCAUUCUCUCACCCAAGCCUACCUCACAGGGUUGUUGAGAGGAUAAAAUGGAGGGGAAGAGAACUAUAUAUGCCACCUCAAGCUCAGAGGAAAGGUGGGAUAUAAAUGUAAUAAAUAAACAAACAAACAAACAAACAAAAUCCCACCUUUCUUCUCCUUCCCUUCCAUUGUUCUCUGAGCUUCUCCAGUCUCCUAGUAUGGGGACUGAAUUGCUGGUCUGUCUCCUCCCCACUCCUAGAAGACACAGCCUCAGACUCUGGCUUAUCUGCUGGUUGCCUGGCAAUGCUCUGGGCACCUUCCAACUCUUCCUCUCCUUGGGAGCUAACAGCGUCUUCCCGGGGAAGGAGGGGGGCUGGACUGCCCUUUCUAGACUCUGACAGCCAGCUCUCAUCAGCAGAGUCGGCCCCCUGCUCACUUAGCUCAAUUUCUGAGGCUUACUCUUCUGCUGCACUCGGGGGGGGGGGAGCACAUUCCUGACAUGCAUUGUGGCUCACAUCGGCAAGGCAUCCCCGCUUGAGGCUGCAGCCAGCAAAUGAUGCCCAUGCAAGGCUAAACAAGUCCAAGUGCACCCCAUCCCCCUCUCUCUCCUCCAGUCCCAAAUGCGGAAGGUCCUCUUAACAUGCCACCACUAUCACCUGGGCUUACUCCUCUGUGAUCUCUCUCUUCCAGAUGACAUGGACCUCCCCUUUGUCUACAUGCUGAUUGGGCUCCUCUUGCUGGCAAUUAUUGUCCUGGUCAUCUGUUUCCAGAAGAGCAAAAGGUGAGUGUGGGGAGGAGUUGCAGAACUCAUCCUGCUUGUCAUCUCUGAUAGCAGAUGAGGAAACACAGUGGUUGCCCAGAGGGCCUCAGAUAGGAAGUGAGAUAUUUGCAGGAGGAGGAAAGGAAGAGACCAGGGCUUGGGAUGUAAGUAGGGAAGAAGCAGGGAAUGAGCAUGAAAGCAAAGGACAAGGAGAAAGAAUGAGUCGGGACUCAGAGUAGGGAGGGAAGGAUCAGUCAAUUUCAGUUAUUUAGAUUUCUCAUUUUCCCAAUCUUAAGUUCAGUUCUCCACAUUUUGCAGCAAUUUGCAAUUUUAAAAAAUCCUCAUUAAAAUUCAUCAGCAUUUUAAUAUGAAUUUCUCCUAACAAACAUAUUUUAUACACUGUACUCUUUUGACUGACGUACACAUUUGUGCAAGAAUAUAAUGCACUUGUGUAUGUUAAGUUCACUAAUAUAUUAUUUUUUGUGCGAGCUUUUUACGCACUUUUGUGAACAUUGUUUGAGUGGAUAACUACAUCACAAAAUUCAGAUAAGUGUGGAUUUCAAAGGAUGGAGAUUUCCUAUGCAAUUGAUGUUGCUCUCCUAUUUGGAUUUCAAAGCAUAUGAAUAUCAGGAGGGGAAAGUGUGGGACAACAGUAGUUGGAGGGGGUGGGACAAUGGGGAAUUAAAGGAGGAGCAAUAAGCUGGGCUCUUAGUGGUUGAAUGGGAAUCAGGCUGACACAGAGAAAGCAAUAACAUCCUGCCUUUCGUGGGAUGUCCAUCCUGCCUCCUAGGAUGUUGAGUCUCACCAGAUCUCUCUCUCUCAUGUGACCCACAGGAUGAAAACCCAGUUCUGGCCCAGCGUCCCUGACCCAGCCAACAGCAGCCUUGGCAAAUGGGCACCAGCCAUUCUGCAAGAGGUAAAUGUAGUGUGGGGGGUAGAGUCGCUUGGGCUUGGCCUGCUGCCCCUCCUAUUCCUCCCCUACCUGCACAGGCCUUUUGGAAUACUGACCCACAUUUUACACACAUCUCAGCUGCAGUGUGAGUCAUGGGCUGAGUUCUGCACAUCACGAGCCCCACAUCGCAUAGUAGCCACAGCAAGGUAUCAGCACAUACUGACCCCAAAGGUCGGCAGCCACAGGCCAGGGAUGUUUAAGGACAUGGGCCUCAGCUGUGCUUUGUUGGCUCAGGUCAGCCUUUGCCACCCUCCUGUCUUCAAGCCGAAUUCGACCACAACUUCCAUCAGCUGCAGCCAGCACUGGCACCAGCAUCUUAUGGCUAUGCUGAUGGUAGUGGAGGUCCAAAGUGUCCAGAGGGCACCAGGUUGGAGACAACUGGUCCAGAUGAAUACAUGGAUGAAUCCAAGAUUAUUGGAGUUUUCUAGCUAUGAGGACCAACACUGCAAAGCCUUCAUGUUCAGAGACCAUCUGAUGCUGAGGCCUCACCGGGGAUGGUUAUUCCACCUCAAGGGAUGAUGGGCCUUUCCUCUCACCCAACAGCGGGGUGACCUGUACUGUGGCCAUUAGCUGUUAACUUGACCUACUGCCUUCUUUCCCAGGAGAUCCUCCAGGCUCCAAAGUCGUGCGAGCUCAGCCCUGUUGUUGUUUCGGCCAUCUUGGUGAUUGAAGCGGAUGAGAAGAAAUGCCUUUCCUGUGGGAAGGGGGAGCCUGCUAAGGCCCUGGAGGAUGGGUCAAUGACAGCCUCCUUGGAAUCUUAUAUGGCUAAUGCUGAGACCACUUUGCCAACCGGUGACCCAGCGCCAGCCUCUUACGUGAACAGCCCGGAGUCUGUCCAGUACGCAAAGGUGUUUGUGGACAGCUACUGCAGCCAACAGAAGGCCUCGCCCAGUUUCUACAUGCGCUCCAACUCCACACAGCCCCUCCUAAGCGACAGGACGCCAAGCCCAAAGCCCUACGAGAACUUGUGGUUUCACAGCGACCAUCCAAACAGAGAGCUCGACUACAGUUGUCAGGAGGAUGCCGUUUUCCUGGACAGGGCCCUGUUAGAUUUCCCGUUGCUCCAGGGCCUCAAAAUCGAUGGGGAUGAAGACCUGAGCAACUUCCGAAAACUGUAGAACCUGAUUGACGGGGGGGAGCAUCAAACUGGAGCUGCUUGUGGCUUCUUGCAUUUUUCUUCUCCUCCUUCACUGGAGGAAGCACUGAAUUAUUCCAGCCGAACAUCCAGCCACCUAGAUUUUGUGUCACCCUAGAGAGACUAAGAAAGUGGAGCGGAUGUUGGAGUGGUGUUCCCCGAGUGAUGCCUUUUGCUCCCCUUUAGGGGAAGGGGUGUAUCUCAGUGGAAGAACAUCUGCUUUGCAGAACUGAACAGAACUGAAAGAAGCCCUGCCUUGGGUUCCUUCCACUUUCCAUAACUGUGACCCCCUAUUCAACCCCUGCUGAUGACCUCGUGCUGCCCCCUGCUGCUGUGACCCUGGACCUGCAUGGACAACCCACCUCCCACCUCAAGUCUACCAAGCACUUGCAAAUGGAGACUCCCCUCUCUUCCCCAUGUGGCAUGGUCUCCGCUGCUCAGAAAAACAGGGGCAGCCCAUACCUAAAGGCAAACUCCCUGGGCUGGCCACAUUUCUGGGGACAUCUGCCUCUGCUGUGCAAAGGUGUUGGGGAAAGAAGGAGCAGCUGUGGAGAAGCUGCAGAAAGCACAGUGCCAGCUGGAUGAGAGCCACAAUCCAGAACCUCCCAAGGUGGGGAGGAGGAAAAGGAAGAGGCAUGAGAAAAAGAGCAGCCCGAGAAACUCACAAUCAUUGUGAAGUUGCUCCUUUCUCAUUUCAUCAGUCAGCUUUGUUUGCUAAAAGCCAUUGCAGUCGUCACAAAAAUACAAAAGGUCAGACCAGGGUACAUGCUAGCAUAAAGUUGUGUUGUGCAAAGGAAAUACUGUGUUGCUCCUUCUGUAGCAGGAAACAAGGGUGCCCACAAAAUGUCAAUUUUUGCCUGAAAGGGUUUGGAGGGGAAACCAAGGAGGAGCUUGGAGAAUUGAGAAGGGGAAACGGGGUUUUCCCUGUUUAGCACAGCCUGAGCAGGAAAUCAGAGGGGAUGAAUGUUCCCAGAAGUAGGGUUGGGAACGCCAGUUUUCUUCAACGUGUUUAUACCCACUGCUGCUGUUUAUUUAUCAUGUAUAUGGAACAUUGCAAAUUAAAAGUGCUCCACAAUUCU